AGCUAGUUAAUUUUCUUGUAGAGAGAAAAGGAAAAAUUGAAAAAAAAUAGCAAGAACAGAACACAGCCGCGCAUCCCAUCACCACAUCAGAUCUUCUUCAGUUCUUCACGCCACCCCCAAUUCUGAAACAACUGCCGCCGGCGCUGCCUCCGGCGUUGCCUCCGUGAUCACGUGGAUCUCUCGUACCAACAUCUUCUGCAUUUCUCAAUAAACACUACUUAGAAAUGCAUAAAACAGCGCAGGCGUGGUUCAGUGGUGGCCCUAGCAGCGAUCUCGAUAAGAAGCCGUCGUCUCUGCUCGCCGACUGGAACGCUUAUGCCGCCGCUUCCAACGCCGACGAUGAAGAUUCCUCCUCCUUCGAUAUUGAAGCCGCUGUGCGAACCGCCAACGACAAAGUUUCAUCCACAUUCAGCGUGGUUUCGAAAGGCGUGAGGGAGUUACCUGGGAGCUUCAAUUCUUCUACAAGCAGCGUCCCAUCUGGAAAGUCUCUAAUGUACUUUGGGAUCUUCCUCGCCACUGGAAUCUUCUUUAUCUUCGUUGGUUUCACUAUAUUCCUUCCGGUAAUGGUAUUGAAACCUCAGAAGUUUGCAAUCUGCUUCACUAUCGGGUGUGCCUUCAUAGUUGGUUCAUUUUUUGCCUUGAAAGGUCCAAAAAAUCAGCUUAUGCACAUGUUAUCGAAAGAGAGGCUUCCUUUUACAUUGGGAUUUAUUGGCAGCAUGGCAGGCACAAUUUAUGUAUCCAUGGUGCUUCACAGUUACAUUCUUUCUGUUCUUUUCUCUGUCUUACAGGUACUUGCCCUCUCAUACUACGCCAUAUCCUACUUCCCUGGAGGAUCAGCCGGCCUGAAAUUUCUGUCUUCAACACUCGUUUCGUCUUUAUUCAGAUGCUUUGGAAGAUGACCCCUCACCCUAAUUUUGUCCACUAAACCACAAUUUAAUCUGCACCAUUCUUCAUCUUUCUUCUCAAUAUUAUAUUAUCACUCCCACCGAUUUUGUAAAGCUUUUUAUCAUCUGCGGAAGGCUGGGUUUUGCACAACAGGCAAGCUGCUAAAGCACUCUCCAAUGUACAAUUUUAGCUCCAGCACAAUAUAAUCUACUCUAGUUGUGAUCGAACGAACUACAGUUGUGGUGGUACAGUUACCUCUUGAACUAUUCUUAGUCUAACUCGUUAGAUUUGAACGUGCGCAAUGUUUUAUUACGAUUUUUGUAAUCUAAUGGAAAAAUUGACAUUGUCUU